ACUGUAAUGGUGUCAAUUUCUUUCAAUUUGGGGGGAGGGAAUCCGACACAGUCGUGAGAAAGCGCACUGCACUGCGCAUGUGCUGCACCGGCGCCACACCCCCGCAUUGCAGACAUAGCCGGGCUGUGGAUGAAUGAAGGGAAGCCGCACAGUUAUAAAGAGUCGCGGCGAGGGGAUGCGAAGCAGCGUCGGCUGGGUUUAAGUGUUAUCCGGAGCGGUCUCUGAGCGCAGCUGUGCGAGUGCACCCCCCCCGCAGUCCAUUGUCUCCUCCGCAGGAAACCCCGUGUCGGGAAGAAGCCGGAAGCAGCAGUCCACGAUGGCCGGAGCCGAUGGAGACGAUUCUCUCUACCCCAUUGCCGUGCUGAUCGACGAGCUGCGCAACGAGGACGUGCAGUUGCGUCUAAACAGCAUCAAGAAGCUGUCGACCAUCGCCCUGGCAUUGGGUGUUGAGCGGACACGAACGGAACUGUUGCCUUUCCUCACCGAUACCAUCUAUGAUGAGGAUGAAGUGCUGCUUGCUCUGGCUGAGCAGCUGGGCAGCUUCACCGCCCUCGUGGGAGGCCCUGAUUUUGUGCACUGCCUUCUGCCGCCCUUGGAGAGCCUGGCCACGGUGGAGGAGACGGUGGUCCGUGACAAGGCAGUGGAGUCCCUGAGGAAGAUCUCCCACGAGCACUCUCCCGUGGACCUGGAGGUGCACUUUGAGCCCCUGGUGAAGAGGCUGGCCAGCGGGGACUGGUUCACAUCC